UAAUAAUUUGCUUGGUAUUGUCGUUACUCUAAUGGCGUCCAGGUAACCAAGUUUCCUCUCCUUCAGAUCUCAUCUGUCACAACUAAUAAUUACACUCAGAAUCACAAGUAUUUCCCCCCCACCCAGUGUGGAGUUUUAGUUUUUUUUCUUUUCGUGGAAUCGUGAUCGGUCUGCUCUAGCUCAAACUUUAACCGUGACCUUGUUUCAAUUAGGGUUUCCCUAUUGUUUCUGACGAUUUUUGAAAUGAAUUCCGACGUUGAUUAGCCGACAGAAUUCGCCGAAAUUCUCCAAGUUCAGUUAUUUUGGUAUUAAAGAAGAAUCGCAGAGAAAAUUUUCGAAACAGGUGAUUGUUCUUUUUGGGUCAAAGGCAGGAGAUGGCAACGCCAGUUGAGCCUCCGAAUGGUAUUCAUUACCCAGGUAAACAUUACUAUUCCAUGUGGAAAACGUUGUUCGAGAUUGACACCAAAUAUGUGCCCAUCAAGCCAAUUGGGAAAGGAGCAUAUGGUAUCGUUUGCUCUUCGGUGAAUCGCGAAACCGACGACAAAGUCGCCAUUAAAAAGAUAAACAAUGCCUUUGACAACCGGGUUGACGCACUGAGGACUUUGCGUGAACUGAAGCUUCUCAGACAUCUUAGACAUGAAAAUGUGAUUGCCUUGAAAGAUGUCAUGAUGCCCAUACAUAGGAGCAGUUUCAAGGAUGUUUAUCUAGUUUAUGAACUUAUGGAUACGGAUUUGCAUCAAAUUAUUAAGUCUUCCCAAGCGCUUUCAAAUGAUCACUGUCAGUAUUUCCUCUUCCAGUUACUUCGAGGCUUGAAGUAUCUUCACUCUGCAAAUAUUCUCCACCGUGACCUGAAGCCUGGAAACCUUCUUAUAAAUGCAAAUUGUGACCUUAAAAUUUGUGACUUUGGACUGGCUCGCACGAGCAAUGCCAAGGGUCAAUUCAUGACAGAGUAUGUUGUCACUCGCUGGUACAGGGCCCCUGAGCUUCUCCUCUGCUGCGACAACUAUGGAACAUCCAUCGAUGUGUGGUCUGUUGGAUGCAUCUUUGCUGAGCUUCUUGGCCGAAAACCCAUCUUCCCUGGCACAGAGUGUCUCAACCAACUUAAGCUGAUCAUCAACACUCUUGGCAGCCAGAAGGAAGAGGAUCUUGAAUUCAUAGAUAACCCCAAGGCAAGGAACUACAUUAAAUCACUCCCAUAUUCCCGGGGAAUCCCCUUUUCCCGUCUUUAUCCAAAUGCCCAUCCUUUGGCAAUCGAUUUACUGCAAAAAAUGCUUGUUUUUGAUCCUUCGAAAAGGAUUGGUGUAACUGAAGCACUCCAACACCCUUACAUGGCACCCUUGUAUGAUCCCAACAGCAAUCCUCCAGCCCAAGUGCCAAUCGAUCUUGACAUAGACGAGGAUCUGGGGGAAGAGAUGAUCAGGGAGAUGAUGUGGAAGGAAAUGCUUUAUUACCACCCCGAAGCUGCCAAUGCCAACGGUGAGGUGUGCGCCUAAUCUUUUCCACAUCUUCCUUAAUCACUCUGCAGUCAAGCCUACCGCCUACGAGGCUGUUUUACUACUGACGAGCAGGGUUUUGUCUUGGUGGUAAUAGAUGCUAUAUUUAUGUCUUUGCUAAUCCUUUAUGGUUUGAAUAAUGUUGGAGAAACACAGGCAAUAUGUAUGGUUGUCUGCUGUGAUGCAUGAUAUAACUAAAAUUUUGUACCAAUUACUUGUUUAGGAGUUCGAGCUCUUUCUGUAGAUGCCUUGAAAAACCGAACUUGUAUAUAAGUGUGUUAUUUUAUGUGUCAAACUCGAGCCUUUGGACCAACUUUUUUAAUUACAUGUUAUGUACAUUAAGUUUAGACAUUGGGAA